AUGGCAGAAAACCAGCGGCAAGCUCUCCUUUUGAACUUUAGUGUCAACACUAACACUUUCAGGAACGCCCUUCACGGCUUUGGAUCAAGAAAUACCACCCAGCCUUGUUUUCAUUUUAAGCAGCGGAAGACUUGCAAGUUCGGCACCCGCUGCAAGUUCUCGCACGACGCUUCGACCCCGCUACAAACCCCCCAGCCGUACAACCCCAACAGUCACGGCGCUCCUCCCGAUGGAAGAUUGCGUCAGUGGAAGAGGCUCCUGAACCUUGGCGACUAUGGUUGGAACUCGCCGGAGUUGACAACUGCCAAUGCCAGUCGGUUCUUCCAAUUAGGCCUCCAGCUGAUGGACGGUGACGUUGGUGCCGUCCAAGAUGCCAUCAAGCUCCUUGCCAAAGACUCCGGUCUAGCGUUCAUCAAGGCCCUGGCUGAUGUUCAUAUUCCGCGGGCUACCUAUUCCUCCAAGACCAUGCUCUGGGACACCGAGGUCAAACCUCUAUUUGCUCUCAUCACCCACCCUCGAGUUAUAGACUCGGCCGUGUUGGAACAACAAGUCGCCGACUUGUUCAACUACAUGCUGGGAGUUGAAGGUCAGCGGAUGGUUAAAAUCUUCAACUUCAUCAUUGAGCUCGUCUCUGAGCCGGGGCUUGCUGCACACAGGGAGUCGCCAAUGGAGAUACUUGAACUUUCUCUCAGCGUUUUGUCGAAGAUCAUCGACUGCAACACCAAGAACAUUGUCAAUUCGGAGUGCGACAGGCUAGUUUCGGUCUUUGCCCAGAUUGUAAAGACCGUUCCGGGCGAAAAAGACCACUUUUCUCGAUUGCAAGCUUCCAAGUAUAUCGAAUACAUGCAACAACGAAUGGAUACAGGCAAAGGCAUUGCAGAAUGGCACCCUAGCCGUCAUGUACCGCUUGCAAGGGAAGACUUCGUGCUUCGACAUGACCUGCCCGGGACACUGUCUGCUGAUGGGCCUCGUCACAACAACGACCAUGUCGAUAUUACCAAAAUCAAGAUCAUGCCUACUUACGAAGAGAUCGUAUCGCCUCGUGGGGAAUAUCUACCGACUAACAACCCCUCCACAUGGCACGUCAAGGGCAUUCGUGGUCGUCUCGAUCGAGAGUUUCGCCUUGUUAGAGAGGACACAGUCGGACAGCUUCGAGAUGGUGUGCGAGAAACACUAGAGCUGGCCCGAGAGCCUAAUCACAACAAGGCUCGGCAGUCCAAUACUCUCCGAACAUACACCUACGAAAACCCUGUUAUCAUGGAUGUCAACUUCCACCGUGUUGGGGGGCUAGAUAUAUCUAUUUGCUGCCCUCAAAUCCCAGCUGUUAGCAAGCUGAAUGCCAAGAAACGAAAAGAGUGGUGGGUACAGUCCAAGCGGUUACAGGCGGGCGCGCUCGUAUGCCUAUUCAACGUCGCGGGUUCUGUGCUAUUUUGCGUCGUAUCCGACACCACAAGAAGAUUUAAAGAUGAUAAAGACGCUAGGGUGAUCGACGACACAGACCAAGACCCACUGUUUUCUGAACAAGCAAGAAGUCUCUCGGACGAUCAAGACUUUCUCUCCGUGAACCUCAAGCUUGUUGACCCGACAGCAAGUGAAGUAUCGCGGGCUAUGCGAUGGUACAAGAACAUCAAAUCUUAUCCAAAAAGAUAUCUCGUGGAAUUUCCUGGCGUUUUACUUGACUCUUUUAAGCACAGCUUGUUGGCCCUUCAGAAGAUGCACGAAAAGCCCAACCUUCCUUUCACAAAUCUCCUAGCGCCCAAAGAAGGUUUUUCACCAGACGUGGACGUUGAGUUACCACAGUAUGCAACAAAGCCAGGGUUUACCUUCGACCUGAGCUGCAUUACGAAUGGCAAUUCCCCUCUCAUUGUUGACCCCCGGUCACCCAUAAGCCCACAGGCGCUCUCACUGAAGUCAAGUCUUGAUCUGACACAGUCCGCUGCCCUGCUAAAGACUCUGACUAGGGGAUUAUCGCUCAUACAGGGACCCCCAGGGACUGGAAAGAGCUACACGGGAGAGAAGAUCAUCAAAGUCCUUUUGAAGAGUAGACAGAAAGCAAAGCUUGGCCCGAUUCUUUGCGUCUGUUAUACCAACCACGCCUUGGACCAGCUCCUUGAGCACCUCCUUGACGACGGAACGGAGAGAAUUAUCCGAAUUGGAUCUCGAUCUAAAUCAGAACGGCUCCAAGCAUUGAACCUACGAAGCGUUACUCAAGGACUACUUCGAACCAAGUCAGAGAAAAGCGGUCUCUGGAAUGAGGAACAAGAAAUCCGCGAACAUGUCAAUGAAGGGAAGGAUCUACUCAAAGAACUUGACGAUUGCCAGUCUUGGAAAGCCAUCAAGAACUGGUUAAUUAUUGAGCAACCCAGUCAGCAUGCUGAGCUGUUUGGAGAAGAUCAAGAUGGGUGGCAGACGGUCAUUCACCAGCCAGAAAUGGUCAUUGAUCGGUGGCUCCAAGGUGGAGAACACAACACCACGCAUUCCAGGCCACUCCAACACCUUGAAGGCGCUCAGUUGAGUAGUCUGACUAAGGAUGAGCGAAAACUACUCCAUCGUCACUGGACAAAGUCAAUUAGAGAUCCUAUCAUAGCUAACCUCGGAAGACUCAAUCAAGACUACAACGACGCAAUCAGACGAAGAGACGAGAUCCGUGGCGAUGUUGAUUUGCGCUGUCUCAACGAUGCAGAUAUUGUCGGUGUUACAACAACUGGCUUAGCCAGAAACUUGAAUCUCCUCCGAAAGUUGCGAUGCAAGGUCAUGCUUUGUGAAGAAGCCGGCGAGGUUCUCGAGUCACAUAUCCUCACUGCACUCUUACCCUCCAUAGAGCACGCCAUCUUGAUCGGGGAUCAUCUACAGCUUCGACCUCAGAUACAGAACUUUGAUCUUCAGAGUACAAACCCUCGUGGCAAACAAUACUCGCUCGACGUGUCCUUGUUCGAGAGACUAGUUCAGCCUCCGAAUAAUAAUGACUUGCGGAUUCCUUACAGUAUGCUGGAGACUCAAAGACGGAUGCACCCGUCGAUUGCUGGGUUGAUACGCUCGACUCUAUAUCCUUCGCUAAAUGAUGCAAAGGUUGUAGAGGACUAUCCACAAGUCGUGGGUAUGAAACGUCGUUUGUUCUGGUUCCAUCACGAUCGGCCUGAAAAUUCUGUCGAAAACAGCAGCUCUCUGAACACCUCCCGAUCUAAUAACUUUGAAGUCGAUAUGACGACUGCUCUAGUUUCUCACCUCUCUCAACAAGGCACAUAUCGACCAGGUGAUAUCGCAGUCCUCACACCAUACCUAGGACAGCUCCAGCUCCUGCGCCGUAGGAUGGAAUCCAUGUUUGAGAUUUACGUCAACGAUCGAGAUCUCGAUGACCUCGAGGCCGCUCAGGAUGAGGACAGUGGUGCCAAUAGACCACGCGCCGUUGCUCUCAAUAAAACAACCCUUCUCAAGAGCGUUAGAGUGGCGACUGUCGACAACUUCCAAGGCGAGGAAGCGAAAGUGAUAAUAAUAUCACUGGUCCGAAGCAAUCCGCAAGGAGACUGUGGUUUUCUCAAGACAUCGAACCGCAUCAAUGUUUUACUAUCUCGCGCCAAGCAUGGUAUGUACAUCAUUGGAAACGGAUCCUCAUGCAAGAAGGUUCCCAUGUGGGCAGAUGUGAUGAAGAUGCUGGCUUCGGGACAGAACCUAGGCACCAAACUAGAGUUACAGUGUGCAAGACAUCCAGAUACCCCGAUUCUCGUCUCCCAUCCCGAUCAUUUUAUGCAGUUUUCGCCAGAGAGCGGAUGCAACCUUGCAUGCGACAAGAGACUUUCCUGUGGACACCCUUGCACUGGAAGAUGCCACUCAGAUACUUUACAUCACGCUGUGAAGUGUCUAGCACCCUGUCCUCGACUUAAGAAAGGAUGCGAUCACACUUGUCCACUUCGAUGUGGUGAUGCCUGCCACGCCAGAUGCCUUGCCAAACUUGAGAAUACUAUGCUUGUACUCCCAUGCGGGCAUCUCUUGUCUUCACCCCAAUGUUGGGAGGCCCAAGAUCCAGAUGCCGUUCGCUGUAACGAAAUGGUUACCAAGACCGUACCAGGCUAUGCACUUCUAUCUGUGGAAAUUAUCGAACUUGUGGACAUAGCUGCAAGAGCAGCUGCUUCAAAUGCAACACACGCAGAGACGGAAACUGCCACGGUGAUGCACCCUGUCAACCGUGCGAGGAGCGAUGUGAAGUACGUUGCAGUCACUCUAGGUGCAACAAGUUGUGCUCACUCCAAGUGCACGGCUCCUUGUGCAGCUCCUUGCAAUUCCGUCCCUUGCUCUUUGAGGUGCGUGGCGAUGCUAGACUGUGGUCAUCAGUGCCCGUCCCUUUGUGGAGAGGUUUGUCCGACUUCCAAGUUCUGCCAGCUAUGCGCAACAGAUGAAAUCAAAUCCAUCUGCGUUGACUUCCUCGAGAUGAAAGAGUACAGAGAUAUAGAUCUCGACCAAGAACCCUGCAUUUUCCCAGACUGUGGCCACUUCCUCACCGUCUCGUCCAUGGAUGGUCAGAUGGACAUGGGAGCACACUACAAACUCGACACCAAGGAUCUUCCUGAACGCAUAAUGCGAAGCUCAGAACCCUUUGCGAUAGAAAACAACAACUUGAAAGGCUGUCCAAUAUGUAGAGGACCUCUGCGUAACAUCUCAAGGUACGGUCGCAUUGUGCGUCGCGCGAUGCUUGACGAAGCUACCAAGAAGUUCAUCUCAUGGUCUAAUGCCGAGUAUCUCUCACUUGGUGCAAAACUCAUCACCGAACAGGAGACUAUCGCCGAUAUGAAGCCUAUACCGAUACAGGAUCCAAAGUCUGGGGCAGUCGGUACUUUGGCAACUGGAGGUUCGCGCCAGAGGCAGCUCAAAUGUUUAAGAUCAUAUGUUCCCAAAAGAUAUGACUCUAUUCUCAAGACGCGUAAGAGCAUCACUCUGUACAAUGGGAAAGUUCAAAAAGAAGAGCAGCCAUUUCAGCGCGUCGCAGACCUGGUAAGACACUCCAAUCUUCACCAUGGUGGACAAAACGAGUUUCGAUAUGACGAGUCGGUAAUCCAAGCAAAAGGAUCGCUUCUAGCUUUGACGUUAUUGCUGAAGUGCGAUGUAUUGAUUCUAUCUGACUUCUUUCGGCUGCUACUUGAUCAAAAGUCUCAUCUCGCCAAGCCAGAUGUUAAGCUUGAUUUAUUGCCAUUCAUGCGCGAUUGCGAUAUCCUGAUUGAGCGAGCAAAACGCGCAGUCUAUCCGCGCGAAGAGGUCCAGGGACAUGUCUUUUACGCUCAGCUUUGUGCAUUCUCCCGUUCGCUAGUCUCUACACCACCCAAGGUCUCGGGGCCUGGAACCGAGCCAAUUCUAUCAACACCGACAUCUGAUCCCGACAGAUUAGAUAGGCUCCGAGAUCAAGGUCUUGAUCACGUUCGUCAAGCGAGGAGAAUUCUGGCGGCGAACCAGUCAGCUAACGUUCUCGAAAACGAGAUUAACGCUGCCGAGGAGGCUCUUAACGGUGGAGUCUAUCAUCCUGUUACUGCUGAGGAGCUAAGACAAGUGUACGCGGCGUCGAUGGGAGAAUUAUGGGGGACGGGACAUUGGUAUACCUGUGUGAACGGUCACCCUUUCACUAUCAAUAACUGUGGUAUGGCGAUGGAGGAAGCACAAUGUCCGGAGUGCGGUGCUCGUAUUGGAGGACGGAACCAUGUGUCAGUUGAAGGUGUGAGGCAUGCAGUUGAGAUUGAGGAGAUUGCGAGACAAAUGGAAGACGUCCGACUAUGA